AUUAUUCUUGGGCCCAUCCCUGUUUAAAGAGGAAGCAAAAUGUCUGAGUUUUAAAGCUGGUUGAAUAUUUUGGGUUUAUUGAAAAUUACAUUAUGGCUUUCCGCAAAGUGAAGGGAAAUUUUGAACGUAUGUUUGAUAAAAAUCUGACAGAUCUCGUAAGAGGGAUUAGAAACAAUAAAGAAAAUGAGGCGAAAUACAUUGCACAGUGUAUGGAAGAGAUUAAACAGGAAUUACGACAAGAUAAUAUUGCUGUCAAGGCAAAUGCUAUAGCAAAAUUAACUUAUCUACAAAUGUUGGGAUAUGAUGUCAGUUGGGCAGGUUUUAAUAUUAUUGAAGUAAUGUCAUCACCGAAAUUUACUUACAAACGAAUAGGAUACUUAGCUGCCAGUCAAAGCUUCCACACAGAAACUGAAUUAUUGAUGUUGACUACAAAUAUGAUUCGCAAGGAUUUAAAUAGUCAAACUCAAUAUGAUGCAGGUUUGGCAUUAAGUGGUCUUUCUUGUUUCAUUAGCCAUGAUUUAGCAAGAGAUUUAGUUAACGAUAUAAUGACUUUGUUAACUUCUACUAAACCAUAUCUACGAAAAAAGGCAGUGUUAAUGAUGUACAAAGUGUUCCUACGUUUUCCUGAAGCUUUAAGGCCUGCUUUCCCUAGACUAAAAGAAAGACUUGAAGAUCCAGAUAGCGGUGUUCAAUCAGCUGCUGUCAAUGUUGUGUGCGAAUUAGCUAGGAAAAAUCCAAAAAAUUAUUUAAGUCUUGCUCCUGUGUUUUUCAAGCUCAUGACUACAUCUACAAACAACUGGAUGCUUAUUAAAAUCAUUAAACUUUUUGGCGCAUUGACACCCCUAGAACCUAGGCUUGGCAAAAAGCUAAUAGAACCUUUAACGAAUUUGAUACACAGUACAUCUGCAAUGUCCCUACUUUACGAGUGUAUCAACACUGUUAUAGCUGUGUUGAUAUCGAUCUCGUCUGGUAUGCCAAAUCAUUCUGACUCCAUUCAGCUGUGCGUACAAAAAUUACGAAUUCUCAUUGAAGAUUCAGAUCAAAAUCUCAAAUAUCUGGGAUUGUUGGCAAUGUCAAAAAUUUUAAAGACACAUCCAAAAAGUGUUCAAGCUCAUAAAGAUCUCAUCAUGCAGUGCCUUGAUGACAAAGAUGAAAGUAUAAGAUUGCGUGCCUUGGACUUGUUGUAUGGAAUGGUGUCCAAGAAAAAUCUAAUGGAGAUUGUUAGAAAACUUAUGGUUCACAUGGACAAAGCUGAAGGCACAAUUUAUCGAGAUGAAUUACUCUCGAAAAUUAUACAAAUUUGUUCUCAGAAUAAUUAUCAGUUCAUUACUUAUUUUGAAUGGUAUAUAUCAGUCUUAGUGGACUUGACACGAAUGGAGGGAACAAAACACGGACAAUUAAUAGCUACUCAAUUAUUGGAUGUUGCAAUACGUGUUCAAGCAAUUCGAAAAUAUGCUGUUCAGCAGUGUGCCUUAUUAUUGGAGAACGCUUGCUUUCUUGCUGGGCAGCCUCGAGCAACAAUGUCUGAAGUUUUAUAUGCAGCAGCGUGGAUCUGUGGAGAAUUUUCAAACGAACUGGAUGAUCCAUUAGGAACUCUACAAUCAAUGGUUCGAUCUCAAGCAUCAUCAUUACCUGGCCACAUUCAAGCAGUGUAUGUGCAUAACAUUGUUAAACUUUCUACUCAUGUUUUAAAUAAAGCAGUGCAAGAAAACAAUACUGAUGUAAUGGAACAGAUCUUUCUUCUUAAGGAAAAACUUUCUGCUUUUAUAUGUAGUAGUGAUUUAGAAGUUCAGGAAAGGUCAAGUUCUGCCGUUGCUUUGUUGGAGUGUCUAAAAGAAAAUCCUGAACUUGCCUUAGAAUUAUCAAAUGCUUUUGUUGGAGAAUUAAAUCCUGUAGCUCCUAAAGCGCAAAAAAAGGUGCAAAUUCCAUCUAACUUAGAUUUGGACUCUUGGAUUAAUAGUCCACCUUCUGAUAAUUCUGAUUCAGAAGAUCAAGAUAUGAAUGAGAUUUUUGUAAAAGCUGAUAAAUCUGAUAGUUUUGGAAAACGAGAUUCAUAUGAAUUAAGUAAUGAAGAACUUCAAAAAAAGAGAGAGGCAAGAAUAUUGGAACAGGAAAAUAAUCCCCAUUAUCUUAAAGUUUCAAGCAACAAAACUCCAUUAACUUAUCAUAAUUCUAAUAAUGAUGGGGAAAACUUUGAUAAUAUUCCCGUUGCCGAACUUGAUAUUCCUGUUUCGUUGAAAAUUUCGGACUUUGGAAGUUCGAGAAAAUAUUUUAACAUAGACAAAGAAUCUAAUAAAAAGAAGCAUAGAAAGCUUGAUAAGAAGAAAAGGUCAAAAAGAAGUAAAGGUAGGAAAUCUGGUACUUCUGAAGAUGAACAAAAUGAAAAUUAUCCGUCGCAACUAGUAAAUACAGGUAUAGGAGAAUUACCGCCUGGAGCGGAGUUAAGUGGCAGUGAUGAUGAUGACGAUGUAGAUGCAAAUGAUCCACAUCGAGCUCUAAAUAUUGAUUUGGAUUUACCGUUGAGAGAGGAUGAAGGUUUUCCAGUUCUGCAGCAUCGACAAGCAGAAGAAAAGACUCUUGAUGAAAUUGGAUCCACAAAUAUUAAGAAAGAAAAGAAUCAUAAAUCAAAAAAAAGGCGUAGGAUCGCGAAAGAUAGUCAAUCAAAUGAACAAUUGAAAGAAGAUAAAGGUAUUAAUCUUUGGUUAAUGAGUCAGGGAGAAAAGUCAGAAGAAGUUGGAGAGAAUACUGCUGUUAUUAGGAAACACGAUAGUAAGAAAGGUAAAUACAAAAAGUCAAAGAAUACCGAGAAACAUGCGGAGGAUGUUCAUGAGCAUUUUAAACACAAGAGAAAAUCUAAGCAGAGUAAGGAAAAAAAAGUGAAGAAAACAUCUGGUUAUGAGGAAACAGCUGGAAUUUCAACACCAUCUAAAGAAAUUGUAUCCAAUGAUAUUAAAUUAUCUGAAAUUAAUAUGAUUUCUCCUGAGAUGAAAAUUCCCAUGUAUCAAACUUUAGCUAGUGACAAAACAAUAAAUAUGGUGUAUGAAUUAAAACAAUUACCUCUUGAAACAAAUAAAGUAAUAACAGCUAUUCUUUUAACUAAUAUUGGGGAAAAUCUUGUGAAAGAAUUGGUUUUUAAUGUGUCCGACUCAUCGACAUUGAAACUUGACAGAUCUCCGCAAGACGAGUUCGGAAUUAAAUUGAAUUUUCAAUUGCUACCGAAAACUAAUACUGAAGCUGAACUGUCAAUUAUUGUGUCAGAUGUUACUUUUCCUCAAAAAUUACGUGGAAGUCUGACUUAUAUGGUAGAAAGUGCAAUAGGAACAGUACAAGAAAAGCUUGAUUUUACAAUGCAAUUGUCGUGCAGUAAUUUUAUGAUUGGUCAUCUCUCUCAUAAAGAUAUUCUUACGGAAUUAUUAAAAAGUGGACAAUUAACGGCUAAAAUUAAAAAAGAAAUAUCUCGAUGUGAAGAUUUUAGUGACGCUUUAAAUAAAAUUUGCCAAAAAUGUCAUCUCACUCUUGUUGAGCAAAUUGACGAUACAGCUUCUCUCUAUGGACAUUCCCUUCAAGGACACCACGUGUGUCUUCUGUUAAAACAAAACAGCGCGAUAGGUAAUUUGAAGAUUGAUGGAAAAAGUGAUAAUAGCUCUCUUUUGACUGAAAUCGUAAAGGAAAUUGUAAAAGUGUUAUCUUAAGAUGCUCAGGUAUAUAUAGUUUUCAGUUUUCUUGCACAUAUGUAAGGUACUGUAUAAAAAUAAUUAACCAAAACUCUUCAAGAAAGAAUUUUUUAUAAAUAUUUAUGUAAAAAAUGGACCAAUAUUGGAGGACAUUGAUUGUUAAAUAUAAUAAGAAUAAUUUUUUUACUUUCCAUGAAUCAGAAAUUAUUCGUAAUGUACAUAAAGAAAGAUCAUUUAAUAAAUUACGCAAUCAGAUUGUAAUGAAAUACUGAUUCAUUUUUAACUUCUUAUAGUUUAUGUAUAUUUCCGCAAAUGUUUAAAGAAACAAAUGGAAAGAUCCUUGCAAACAAUGUUUUGGAAACAGUGCAAAAAAUAGAAUGUUUAAAGUAAAAUGAAUAAGAUAAAAUAACUAUCAAAUACAACAAUAUAUAAAACCAAGUAUGUUAUGUAUUAAUAAAUAAUAUAAACAGGAAUAA